AGACGCCUUCGAAGCUCGUCGGAAUGCGGCCGCCGUAGAAGUUUCUAACAAGCGAAAUGGACUUUGCAAAACAACUCUUUCAAACUUAUGGUCAGCCCCUAAUUGAUCGCUUUAAUAUAUGGUAUGAGACCCUUCGAGUUCGACUAAGAGAAGAUAGAAAAGGAUGGGGAAUAAGUCUUGCUGUUCUCGUUGUCAACAUCAUAAGAAGCUCCAUAACCUACAGUUUCGGGGUCUUUGUUGUCCAAUUGAAAAAGAUCUAUCAACGUCCUAUGGCAGAACUCGAUUGGAUUGGAACCCUCUCAUUUUGCAUAUCUCUAUCUUGCGCUCCUAUAUCAGUUGCUGUAGUUAGGGCGUUUAAAUAUAGGGGCUAUAGGAUAGUUGGAUUUGUAGGGACAAUUGUACUAUCUCUAUCCUGUAUGUGCUCGUCGCUCAUUCAAGAAUUGGAAUGGAUGUUUUUAACGCACAGUCUCCUAUAUGGCGUAGGAAGCAGCUUUAUUUACAUGGCGUCUUCGCUCAUUAUUGGGGAGUACUUUGACAAAGACCACAAGUAUCAUGUCCUGGCUACAAGCAUCUUACUAUGCGGAUAUCCCCUAGGUAGCCUUCUCUUCAAUCCAAUAAACGCUUGGUUGGUCACCAGCUAUGGCUGGAGAAUUGCUUUUAGAAUUGCUGCCGGUCUUAUUAUUGUUACUGGAUUACCGUGCUGUUGGGUAUUUUCCAGUAAGGAUACAAUCAACCCAGAAAUCUUAAGAGAUGAGGAAGAAAUAACUCCUAGAACCCCAGAACCUCCAGAGCCCGUUGUGGAAGAGGUUGAGGUUGAACAGGAGGCAAAGGUAAAACGGAGGCGUUGCUGCACGCUAGCGGAACUGAAAGAACGGCCGGAAAUCGCUCUAUGGUACAUGGGGAAUUUGCUAAAUUACUUGGGAUUCUAUAUGCCAUUCGUAAAUUUGGCGUAUUACAUGAAGCUUAAAGGAAUUGAGGAGACGAGAAGUUCUUGGGCUCUUACUCUGCUCAGUUUAUCGGAAUGUGUAUCUUAUAUUCUUGCUUCCUUCUUUGGUGACUAUUUAAAAGGCAAACUUGUCUAUGCUAAUGUCAUAUCGGCAGCAGCUUUAAGUCUCAUUUGUAUACUUUGGCCUAUGCUAGACUUUUCUUAUUCGAUGAUACUCUUCACAUCACUCACUAUGGGAGGCUUUUUAGGUUUGACUAUUGUAUACACUUACGCCGCUUCCGGUGAAGUUACUAAACUUCCUAUCGAUGUUGCAUGGUCGUUUACGAAUUUGUGGUCUGGUGUUGGCAUACUUUUGGGUCCAUUUUUCUCUGGAGCUAUUUACGACAUCCGACGGAACUACGACGAUGUCUUCUACGUAGUUGGAGCCCUAUUUGUUCUAGAUGCUCUAUUAUUUGGUGGAAUUGUCGUUUUGCAAAAGUGGAGGGAAGCCCAUCCUCCUCCGGAGGCUAUACCGCUGGAAAAGAGAAAAUUCAGUUCGGUCUCGGAAACUGAAAUGGCAGCAACAACAACUACAGCCGAAUACGGUAGUAUAGAAAAGCCUGCCGGACCAUUAGACGCUCCUAGAAGACCUCCAAGUACCUACAAGUUGAAAGAAGAAGAAUCGAAUAGAGAGGAAGAUUACUUUAGAGUAAAUUAAUGGAAAGAAUGAUUUUAGAAGUGUUAAAAUGUUAGAUGGUUAAGGAUUUUAAAUUAAUUAAUUGUAAUAUAUAUAAAUAUAUUAAGACUAUUAAUUAAAAUAUUGAUAUCUGUAAGAAGUAAGGAGAUAAAAAGAUACAAAAAAAAUCAUUAGGCUUUCGUUUUUGUUCAUAAUUGUAAAUGUACGAGGAAAAAAAAAGGAAAAACAUGGAAUGCUUGUGUUUAUUUAAAUGAAGGGAUGAACAUAUAAAAGAAAAACAAAUAAAAAAGUUUCGUUUCUAUCUUAUCGACGGAUACGAUUCAAAAAAAAAAACAGAGGAGAUCUAUAAUGAAUUUAUCAUAGUGGAUGGGUAAUAAUCGAUCGAUUACUGUUUAAUUUUAUCCAUUGUAAAUCAUGCGGCUUAUCGAUUGAUUAAACAAAUCUAUAAUGAAUCAUUUCCCUUUCUCUCCGAGUCUUCCUUUUCCGUUCAAGAAAACUAAGAGCUAGGAACAGAAUAACAGAGAUCGAAAUAGACCAACAAUAUUACAUUUAUUCUAUUUUUCCAAUUCGUAUCCCAUCCGUAAAAUACUCCAUUCCGAUAGUCGUUUCAAUGAUAAAACGUUUCGAGAUGACCAACAUCAAUUUUGUUAAUCCGACCAUAAUCCGCUCUCUUCCCAGCAGCUAAAGCUAUUAAGAUUAUAUAAUUACGAUUGACUGCAUUAUACAAUAUGUUAAAAAGAGGGAAAAAAUGUGUUUAUCCCUUCGACUUUAAUGCUCUCAACCGUUGAAAAUAUAUUGUAAAAGUCUUAUAGCAGUAUAGUAAAAAAUUUAAUAAAAUAUUUGUCAAUUCUCCGUUAA